AUGUCUAUCAAAGGUGAUUCCCCCUCAUCAACAAAUGCCAGUAGUAGUCCGAAGUCUACAUAUUCAAUACAAUCGGAUGAUAAAGCAAACCUUGGCAGUGGUAACGUCGAUAUACGUACAGAUAAUUCACAACAGGACAGUAAUAAUAGACGCGAUAUUGUGGUAGUGACGAGGGUAGCUUCUGAAGAGACUUUAGAAUCACAAUCAUCUACUUCAUCAAUGGGAAUUAGACCAGAAUCAUCUUUUAACUAUGAGGAUGCUUCUAACCAAGCUAGGGUCGAAAUGAAUAACAGGGUACAUGGCUCAAAUAUGAACACAAUUAACAAAUAUUAUCCAGUACGAUUCCCAAAGAAUAACGAAAGGCAAUUGAGCGACACAAAUAAUUUAAAUGAGAAAGUGCAAGGCACACAUACAGUUCAAUCAUCCACCCAGGAAGACAAAAUACUCGACGGUGACACAAGCAACUCACAAGUAACCCCGUCUUUGAACAUUGCAGAGUUUCCCACAGACAAGCUUCUUAAAAUGCUGACAGCGUUACUAACUAAAAUUAUUAAGUCAAAUGAUAGGACGGCAGCGACAAAUCCUAGUUUGACACAAGAGAUUGAGAAUGGUAGGUGUCUUGCUUUAAGUGACAAUGAAAAGAAAUACUUAAGCCCCGUUCUGGGGUUUAGAGGGAAGCACGUACCACAAAUUGGUCUUGACCAAUAUUUCCAGAGGAUCCAGAAAUAUUGCCCCACAACGAAUGAUGUAUUUUUAUCGCUCCUCGUGUACUUUGAUAGAAUAUCCAAGAGAUGCAAUAGUGUCACUACGACCCCUAAAACUAAUACUGCAAAACAUGAAUCUCCCUCAAAUGAAAGCUCUCUAGAUAAAGCUAACAGGGGCGCUGACAAAAUGUCCGCAUGUAACAGUAACGAAAAUAAUGAAAAUGACGAUUCAGAUGAUGAAAAUACAGGAGUUCAAAGGGAUUCAAGGGCUCAUCCUCAAAUGUUCGUAAUGGAUUCACAUAAUAUUCACAGAUUAAUCAUAGCAGGUAUUACUGUCAGUACGAAGUUUCUGAGCGAUUUCUUCUAUAGCAAUUCAAGAUACUCAAGGGUAGGUGGGAUAUCUUUACAAGAACUCAACCAUUUGGAACUGCAGUUUCUAGUUUUGUGUGAUUUUGAACUUUUGAUAUCAGUCAAUGAAUUGCAGAGAUACGCGGACUUACUAUACAGGUUUUGGAACAACGCAAAAGCUCAAUCGCAAGCACUAGUUACGGGCAUGUAG